UGUUGGGCGCGCUAUGAGAAAAUCUAUUUGAAAUUAAAAUGGCGGAAGAGCUGACGGAAAAUGGUUGUGGAAGUGUCGUUGCAGAUGAGACUCCGAAUGAGGUCAAGGUCUGUUUAGUUACACCGACAACAAAAAGAUGCUCCACCGCAAGCCCAAACUCAGCACCUCCAUACAAGUCUCCCCGUACCGACGACCAGUCACCAACAACACAGACGCCAGAUGCUGGGGAAGACCAGUUGGAGAAGGAAAAACCUGAAACGCAGACAGGAAACGCAGACAGGCCUGAGAGCCCUGUUGGAAGGAGAAAGUCAUGGAGGAGAGCCACCCUAACUCGACGCUCUCUCCCUGCUCAUCCCAACCCAUAUCAAGCUUUGUGCAGGAACAUAAGCACAUCCUUGUCUCAGCAAGAGAGACUUGAGAAAUUGUUGGAGGCUUCAAUGAAGUUGGCAAUAGAAAGAACUCAAAAUUCACUCCAGUCUGUGCCAAAUAUCUCACUGGAGUCUUUUCAAAAGCAAGUUGAGCACAUCAAAACACAGUGGGGUUGCCUUACCAAAAACGUGGACAAUGAACCUCAACUCCUUUUAAGUUCAGCUAGUGAGCCUGCAGUGCAAAAAGCAAUGGAAAAUGUCCAGAGAGCCAUCAGCAGGAUACAAGCUGAAAGUGAAUCUUGGGAGGAAUUGUUAAACAAACACCGAAGUAAAGCAGAAGAACUGGAAAGGCAAGUCGAGAAGGGACAGCAAACAGGCAUACCCCUAAACUCUUCAACCAUGGAGCAGUCCUCACAGUACCGUGUCAUACAGAGUAAACCAAACUACCACAGCCUUCUCUGUCGGCAACAACCUGUGCUCCAUACUAUGGAAACUAUUAUGGACACUCAACGUAAGAUGAUAAGAGAACUUAUUUCCAUCAAGGAACAAUCACAGUUACUGAUGAAAGUGACCAGUGGACGAUUGGCUGAAAAGGCUGGAAUCCAGGAUCUUUCAUCAGACGUCCUCAGGAAUCUAAUGUCAUCACCUUUAUCGACUACAACUUCAUAAGCAUCUGCUAUGGACCAGGUCACUGUAGGACUUAAUUCUGAAACUUGUACGUCUGUUUGAUAAUUUGAUAUUUUUGAUUCCUCAACAUUUUAUUGUACUUCUUUGUUCUGGUUUUAUUGUCUUUUUUUUAUUAUUACAGAACUAUACUCCUAAGCUUUCAGUGUAAAUAAAACUAUUUCAAGCAGUAAUGUAGUUGUUUGACCAGCAGGUGGCAGAGGGUGGCUGUGCACAAAAUUGAAUCAAGCUUGGUGAAUGGGCUAAGUGGAUUUCCUUGAAACCUUAGGUGUAUUCUCACCUGUAAAUCUUGAAACCAUUUAAACUGCCAGCUGUUAAGAAAUGGCCUAAUGUAACUGACAAUAAACCCACAUCUUACAAGACAAGGUUAUUGGUUUUACCUUCACAGAA